GUCCCCUACUAUUGAGCGUCUCUGGUUAGCAGCACAAAACACAAAAAAGACAGCAGCAACAGGCUGGAGCUCUUCUCUCUUUCAAGCAGCUUCCAGCAACCUUCCUUGGGGCAGCAGCAAGGGGGGCCCCCCUCAGGAGACACCCAAGCUAAGCCCCAAGGGGGCCCCCUCUGAAGAGACACCUAAACUAAGCCCCAAGGGGGCCCCCCCUCAAGAGACACCCCAACUAAGCCCCAAGGGGGGCAAUCAGGAGGCCCCCAAAGAGGGUGCCAAGGGGGCCCCCAAAGAGGGUACCAAGGGGGCCCCCAAAGAAGGUACCAAGGGGGCCCCCAAAGAAGGUACCAAGGGGGCCCCCAAAGAGGGUAGCAAAAAGGCUUCCAAAGAGGAUAGCAAGGGGGCCCCCAAAGAGGAUAGCAAGGGGGCCCCCAAGGAAGAUACUAAGGAGGCCUCCGAAGAGGCCCCCAAAGAGAAGACUAAAGGGACAGCAUCGCAGAAGAGCGCGAAGGGGGCCCCCAAAGAGGGUACUAAGGGGGCCUCUAAGAAGGGCCUCCGUCGCAGUGGGGGUUCGGCUUCGGUAGAUGAAGACACAGAGAGCACUUCUGCUUCUUCUUCUGCUUCUGCAAAGGUAGCAACAGCAGAAGCAGAAGCAGCAGCAGCAGCAGAAGCAUCUGAUGAUGAUGAGGCCCCCAGCAGCGGGGCCUCAACUCCUCCAGAGCAGCAGUCAGGGUUUGGGGGCUGGCUAGGGGGUUGGUUCUAG